UUUUUAAUUCUCUCUCUCUCUAUCUCUGUGUUUACUUUCCACUCAGACACAGACCAAGUUCUUGUUUCUUUGUUCAUCAUCAUCACACAUACGGCUUAGAAAGAUUAAACAAAGUAUUUUAGAAAAAGCAAAAGAGGAGAGAGAAAGUAUAGUAGUACGUGUAUUUAUCAUAGAGAGAGAGAGAGAGAGAGAGAGAGAGAGGGAGCUAUUAUGCCUAUGAAUGACAAAAAAAACAACCCACCACACUCAAUCUGAGCGUGCCUAAAAACAAAGCCAUAAAAGCAAGAUUUGCAAUCCACAAGCAAUAAAUAAUCUCUCUCUCUCGCAUUUCACUCCCUUGUUUUAAUUCCUCCCUUUUCCUGGUUUUGAGUUUCUCUCUCUCUCUCUCACUUCUUGCAAGAACAAGAAAAGAUUCGAUUUUUAUUUAUUAAUCUGCCUGCUAAUGCGUAAAAAUGCGGUCUUUCUCCAUGAUUCUCAGCUUUGGCUAACCAUUUCCAUAAACAGCUUUCUGUUUUAUCACUCUUUUCUCAGCUGAAUCUUGAAACAACGCACAUAUAUACAUAAAUAAUCUACUGUGAGUGAAGAAAGAAAAAAAAUGGAGGGUUACACAAGAAAAGAAGAUGGAAGUCCACAGCUGCUGGAUUUGAUUCCUAGAGAGAGAGAGUGGGUUGCCAAAAGGGCAGCAGAUGAAAAAAGCCAUGGCCUUUCAGGAGAGAGAAAGCUCGAGCUGAGCCUUGGUCCACCAACUGGUGACUGGACCAUCGUCACAGACGAUAAAAACAACAAACCUUCUUCCCAAAAUGCCCCCCUUGAAUCUCUACACUACUCCUUUGGCUACUUUCAAACCCCAGGUGCCUUGAAACCAUCUCUUCCAUGGCAGCAGCAGCAGAUGAAAGCUCCUUCCUUUCUCCACCUUCAGUCUGUCAUGAAUGAACCGUCACAGCCAUGUAACAAUAGGGUGGAGCAGGGUGCAGCAGCAGAUCAAAAGAAGGGAUUUUCAGCAGCUCCUGCAAAUAUUAAUACAGCUGUACCCAACAGUCAGAAAAGGACUGCACCUUCUCCGGUGGUGGGGUGGCCUCCAAUUCGUUCGUUCCGAAAGAAUCUUGCGAGUGGGAAUUCCUCCAAGUUGUCGUCCGAAUCACCGGAUGCGGACCCGGGCAAAGAUUCCGGGUCGAAACCCGCGGAGAACGGGUCGAGUAGACCGUUUGUGAAGAUCAACAUGGAUGGGAUUCCGAUCGGAAGAAAAAUUGAUCUAAAAGCGUACCACAGUUACGAGAAGCUAUCGUACGCGGUCGAUGAGCUCUUCCGAGACCUUCUUGCUGCGCAAAGUGAAUCUUGUGUCGGUGAAACGAAAGACAGAGAAAAUGGAGGGAAAGGGAUCGGAGGAUUGUUGGAUGGAAGUGGGGAAUAUACCCUUGUUUACGAGGAUAACGAAGGUGACAGAAUGCUUGUUGGAGAUGUACCUUGGCACAUGUUUGUCUCGACAGUGAAGAGGCUUCGUGUGUUGAAAAGUUCAGAACUCCCUAAACUGUCUCGUGGAAGUAAACUGGCCGGGAAGCUCUGUUCUUGAGUCGACACUUGAUUUGUGAGAUAGCCGGUAACAAUGGGGACUAUUAUUUUGUGUUUAUUAUCGGUACUUAUAUAUUUAAGAGGAAAUGACAAGGGUCUAUUGUAACUUGAUUAAACUAUUACCCUUUGCUUGUGUUCGGGAGUAUAUGUUUUAUUUAUAUGUUGUUGAUCAUUUUAGCCGUUUUCUGGUACUAGUUAGAAAUGGUACUGCAAUGUAAAGCUGCGCGCUGUUGUAUAAUCCGUUUGGAAGAAUGAGUGGUAAAUGGUUUUGUCAUCA